AUGGGUCAAUAUGAACCACCGUCAAGAGAUGCAAUGUCUAACUUUAAAAGUUUAAUGUUAACCAAAGAUCAACGUCAACCAGAUUGGUUGAUAAAACCAAUAAACAAAACAACAGAUAUGCAAAAAUUAGUGUUAUCGUUAUUAAUAUUAGCAGCAGUAGUUAUGCUGGAAGUGACGAGUCAAGAUUCCAUGCUAGCACCACCAGACAGGCCUUCAGAAUUCAGAUCACCUGACGAACUCAGAAGAUACCUUAAAGCAUUAAAUGAAUAUUACGCCAUUGUUGGGAGACCAAGAUUUGGAAGAAGUGUCAACAAAAGAUCUGCCGCAGACUAUCUUUUCAAGCCAUCGCAUAAAAACGAUUAUGAGUACCUGUAUGACGAAAGGGAUGAGAGGUUUCCAUCACCAUAUUAUUGA